UGCCGUGCGGGUAGGGGAAAAGUUGUUAUCCGUAAUCACUCCGUCUCAGAUUUCUGUAAUGUUAUUCCAGCUAGAGGAACAGCGGUGUCUACCGCCACCAUCAAAUGGCGAACGGAAGGCUGCCUGAAGAGUUGCUCAUCGAGAUUCUGUGUAGGCUUCCGGUGAAAUCCCUGCUUCGAUCCAAAUUCGUCUGCAAAAACUGGUACUCUCUUAUCCACUCACUUAUCCAAAACCCUAGCUUCAUUUCUCUCCACGACAAACACUCCGCCAAAAACACCGACUACCUCCUCGUUAAGCGAUCCCUCAAUGGCGGCGUCGGCUUGUCCUUUGUCCCAAACGAAACCACAGUUGAGGAUAUUGAUAUAUCUUCCACCGGUCUAGAGUCUCUAGACAUUAGAGAUCUCCAGCUAUUGGGUCCUUGCAACGGCGUCGUUUGCCUCACUAAACGCUCGUUUAACUCGACCAUGGUGAUAUGCAACCCCUCAAUGAGAGAAUUCAGGGUACUUCCUCGACCUUCCCAGAAAAAAGACUACGAAACUAAUAUGGGAUUUGGGUUUGAUCCCUCUACGAAUGAUUAUAAAGUGGUUAAGUUCGGCUGUUUGGAUCCAUAUUCUAUAAAUAAUCCUUAUUCCGAAACAGUUGAAAUAUACGAUUUGAGUACAGAUUGUUGGAGGGAAGUUGAUGUGAACCCCAAUAAUAUUGGAUUCGAUUUGGAUUUCAAUUUUUUCUCUUGCACAUCGUGGAAAGGGGGUUGUUACUGGUACAUUUCCUGCUCUGAUGGUACUGAUGCAAUUAUUGUCUUUCGGUUGACGGACGAGGUGUUCGAUGAAAUCCCUGCUCCUGAAGUCUGCUCGUUAGCCAAUACCACGAAAAGGGUACUUUUCAUUCUGGAUGAUUCCCUUGCCGUGGUUCAUUAUCCAUCUGAGUGGUUACAUCCAUCGUUGUUAACAAGGGGGAAGUGCUUUGACGUAUGGGUUAUAGAUGAGGGUGGGGUUGAGGUGUCUUGGACUAAAAAACUUACUAUCGGACCUCUACAGGGGCCCGACUUUCCAUUGGGAUUUCGGCGAAAUGGCGAGUUCCUCUGUGAGACCGGUGGUGGACAAAUGAUGUCCUAUCACAUUGAUACCCAACACAUUAAGGAAUAUCAAGUGUACGGUGAUCCUCCCCCACAAUGUCUACAAGUUAUUGUAUACACUGAGAGCUUGGUUUCAGUCAAGAGAAACAAUAUGCAUGAUGGACAUAAUGGUUUGAAUAUGUAACUCGAUUAGGGCUUUCCUAUCCUCUACAAAUUAACUGGUGGUUAGUACAUCAUGGGGCAUAAAUUAGUAUUUCCUAUCCUCUAUUGUCGAAGUCCUUUGGCGGUCGCUGCAAUUUCCCUUGCUU